UUCCCACCCGCACGCGCGCAUCUCCCUUCUUCCCCUGUUCAUAUAUACUCAUUUCCCUUAUUCCUUAACCCCAUAACACACACACACCCAAAAAUAAACUCUUCAUUGCAUUUUCUCUCUCCUUAUUCUAAUUUCAAAAUCUCCAACACAUGUACGUACUCACGACCACUUGCUCAUAAAAAAGUCUAUUGUAUUGUACACUGUUGUGAAUUAGGGUGUUGAUAAAUUAGGACGAAGGUACACCAGAGUGUUCGUGUUUGUGUUUGUGUUUGUGUUAGAUCACAUGGUGAUGUUUUCUCACUAAUUACGCCUUAGUGUGUGCAGCUUUUGACAUUCUCUUAGCAGACAACUGCUACAAUUUCUUUCACAUGCUCUCUUCUUAUAUAGCAUGAAAAUCUCUCAUCUAAGUUCAUACUACUAGUACUAGUCUACUACUACUUAACUAGUUAUUGCUAGAGUUAUAUCAAUAACAUUGUUCUUGUUGCAACAUUGUUAAUUAGCAUGUCUAAAAUUGAGACUACAGUUCACAACAAUGUUACACACAAAAGGAGGGGUAAGAACCCUUCAUUCUCCUCCAUCCUCCUCGACGCCAUUUAUCGGUCGAUUGACGAGGAUGACGACUAUCCCCGUACUACCCCUACCUCCCCCACGAGAAGCAUUGUUAACCAAAGUACUGAUUGUAAUAGUAAUGAAGAAGCUGCGAAAAAUCGUAGAAAUAAAAUGAGAAGUGAUAGUACCUUGGAGACGGUUGAUCUCCGCCGUGCAAUUAUGAUUGAGUCAUGGAUGGAGAGACAACAACAACAACCGCAACAGCCGCCGCAGCAACCACCGCAGCGGAAACAUUUUCAUCUAGGCGAUGUGAUUGAUCAGAAGAUCAGGAUCGUUCGUCAGAAAUCUGUUCCCAGUAUACCAAGAGUUAAUUCAGAUGAUUCGUCAUCGUCGUCGUUAUGCUUCACGAAUCUCAGUACUCCUCGCUCCUCUUCGAGCGAUCAUUCGUCUUCGAGAAUCUUCACGAAGACGAAAUCUCGCGCGCUGAAGAUCUACGGCGAACUGAAGAAAUCAAAGCAGCAGAACACUUCUCCAGUUUCUCCAGGUAGGAGAAUUGCAGCGUUUCUAAAUUCAAUCUUCAGAAACACAAGCGGUUCUCCGGUGAUAAAUUCGCCGGAGAUAAAGCUCAAUACGCCGGCGAAGACUGCAAUGACGGAAACGACGAACUCAACAUGUUCGACAGCAUCGUCGUUCUCGAGGUCAUGCUUGAGCAACAAAACGCCAUCAUCGUCGUCGUCCGGGAAAUCAUCCAGUACUCCAGGAACAAAGCGAUCAGUGAGAUUCUAUCCAGUAAGUGUAAUUGUCGACGAAGACGGCCAUAAAUCGUUACAGAAGAACUCGAAUCGAGAUUUUGAGAAGCUCAUAUCGAAUACACAAUUCGGCGGCAAAACCCUAGAUCAGCAGCAGAAACGGAGGAGAGAGAAAGAGAUUGACGCAUUGAUGAUGAUGAUCAAAACGAAUUGCGGCAACAUUCAACAGCGUCAUGUAUCGAGUUUGAACAAACAUUGCGGCGACGACGACGAUGAUGAAGAAAUGGAGGAGGUAGAUGAUGAAGAAGAAGAUGAUGAUGAUGAUAAUGGAAGUUGUGCGAGCUCAGAUCUUUUUGAAUUGGAAAAUUUGAGCUCACUUGGUGUUAGUCGGUAUUAUGAGGAGUUGCCGGUGUACGGAACUACUAGUUUGGAGAACCUAACGGCUUAAUUAUAAUUAUUUUUAAUUAUUAUUUCUUAAUUCAGUUGUUUUUUCUUUUAUUUAUUUGAUUUAGGGUUUAAGUUUAGGAUGUGAAUGUAAUUGAUGGUGUUUGGAAGUUGAUAAAUAUAUUAACUUUGGUUUAAAUUAAUGAGAAAUCACAAGGCUUUUUCA